AUGGAGCCGCGGUGCCCGCCGCCGUGCGGCUGCUGCGAGCGGCUGGUGCUCAACGUGGCGGGGCUGCGCUUCGAGACGCGGGCGCGCACGCUGGGCCGCUUCCCGGACACUCUGCUCGGGGACCCAGCGCGCCGCGGCCGCUUCUACGACGACGCGCGCCGCGAGUACUUCUUCGACCGGCACCGGCCCAGCUUCGACGCCGUGCUCUACUACUACCAGUCGGGCGGGCGGCUGCGGCGGCCAGCGCACGUGCCGCUCGACGUCUUCCUGGAAGAGGUGGCCUUCUACGGGCUGGGCGCGGCAGCCCUGGCGCGCCUGCGCGAGGACGAGGGCUGCCCGGUGCCGCCGGAGCGCCCCCUGCCCCGCCGCGCCUUCGCGCGCCAGCUGUGGCUGCUCUUCGAGUUUCCCGAGAGCUCUCAGGCCGCGCGCGUGCUCGCCGUAGUCUCCGUGCUGGUCAUCCUCGUCUCCAUCGUCGUCUUCUGCCUCGAGACACUGCCUGACUUCCGCGACGACCGCGACGGCACAGGGCUUGCUGCUGUAGCCGCAGCCGGCCCAUUCCCCGCUCGGCUGAAUGGCUCCAGCCAAGUGCCUGGAAAUCCACCCCGCCUGCCCUUCAAUGACCCAUUCUUCGUGGUGGAGACGCUGUGUAUUUGUUGGUUCUCCUUUGAGCUGCUGGUACGCCUCCUGGCCUGUCCAAGCAAGGCGAUCUUCUUCAAGAAUGUGAUGAACCUCAUCGAUUUUGUGGCUAUCCUUCCCUACUUUGUGGCGCUGGGCACUGAGCUGGCCCGGCAGCGAGGGGUGGGACAGCAGGCCAUGUCACUGGCCAUCCUGAGAGUCAUCCGAUUGGUGCGUGUCUUCCGCAUCUUCAAGCUGUCCCGGCACUCAAAGGGCCUGCAAAUCUUGGGCCAGACACUUCGGGCCUCCAUGCGUGAGCUGGGCCUCCUCAUCUUUUUCCUCUUCAUUGGUGUGGUCCUCUUUUCCAGCGCGGUCUACUUUGCCGAAGUCGACCGGGUGGACUCCCAUUUCACUAGCAUCCCUGAGUCCUUCUGGUGGGCGGUAGUCACCAUGACUACAGUUGGCUAUGGAGACAUGGCACCCGUCACUGUAGGUGGCAAGAUAGUGGGCUCUCUGUGUGCCAUUGCCGGCGUGCUGACCAUUUCCCUGCCUGUGCCCGUCAUUGUCUCCAAUUUCAGCUACUUUUAUCACCGGGAGACAGAGGGCGAAGAGGCUGGGAUGUUCAGCCAUGUGGACACGCAGCCUUGUGGCCCACUGGAGGGCAAGGCCAAUGGGGGGCUGGUGGACGGGGAGGUACCUGAGCUACCACCUCCACUCUGGGCACCCCCAGGGAAACACCUGGUCACCGAAGUGUGA